AUGACGAUGACCUGCCAGCGACCGCCUUCUGUCGCGGCACUUGCGCCUCCUUCGACGCCAAUGACCAGCAAUAGCAAUAGCAGCAAUAGCCACCGCCUGGCGCUCUGUGCCAACAAGAACAAGAACUGGCGCGCGAAUUACCUGCGGGCGCUCAACAUCGUGACGCCCGACGUGACGACGUCCGGUGCGCCGACGCCGCCGGUCGUGCGGCGCGAGACGUGUCGACGCACGACAGCCACCCAAUUGACUGGUUCUGGACGCUCGGAGCUUGUGGUGGCAACGAGUCGACGGUGGACUGGUACUGGACCCGACGACAAUAGCAGUAGCAAUAGCAACAGUACCCACGCGAGCAGCACGCGCGGCCGGUCGGUCUCGACGUCGAGUCGACCGAACCGCUCGCGGUCGUCGUCGAAGAGCCGGCGCGGCGGCUCGCCCGGGGACGACAGGACGUCCAAGUACGUGUUUGGGCUGCGGUCGCACUUGUUCCGCGCGCGGAGAGUGGCCAACCGAAGUGACUAUGGCGCAAUGGGGCCGUCGGGACAGUCGGCGCCGAUCAAGAUCCCGACACGGGCGUUGGUGACGGCUUUGCCGGUCGUUGCGUCGCCGGCAGCGAACGAAGUGGACCGAGCAGCGGGAAAGUGUUUGCAGGGGCAGCAACGGCGUUGCAGUCGGACGGACUAUGCGGACCCGGCAGCCGACUCGCAGACGUCUGCGGUGCAGCUGCUGUCGUGGGAAGAACCGCUUGCAAUGCUCGGACAGAGCGGGUGGCCGCUCGAGCGGGACGAGCGCCAAGUGCGCAGCUGUCGUCGGUCGAGACGGCCGCACGGCAUUGCCGAAGAGUGCGACGACACGGAGGACGAAGACGUGGACGUAUGGACCCACUCGGAAGACGAGGGAGAGGAUAUAUUUAAGAUGGAGUUUGACAGCGGCGCUACUGCUGCUGGUGGCAAUGCAUGUAGGACACAGCGACGAGCGAGCAAGGGACGGCCGCGGGCCAACGUGGGCCGCUGUCGGCCACGACGCAGCGUGAACGAAGACGACGACGGACGUGCGGACGCGACGGACGCUGUCACGCACCUCUCGGCUUCGUUUGUGCCGCCGCACCAGCUGGUCGAACACGGCUGUUUCUCGCUCGGCCUGCGCGACGAGCUCAAGCGGAAGCCGGGCGUCUACUGCUGA